GAAACACCACAUAUAACAGGCAAUUGAAACGUAUAUUGUUCAGUAAUGAUCUGAUCAUGAAAUGGAUGGAAUGUCGGUUUUCGAUAUGAUAAAUAUACAUUAGAUUAGUCAUAUACUGUUACAUGUACACACACACAUUCACACCUACACACACACAACAUAUUAACAUACAUACUUCAUGCAUACACAAAUAGACAGAUCCUUUGAGAAUCGUAGACUUAAUGCCAAUAGACUAUAUAUAUAUAUAUAUAUAUAUACAUUCAUAGACUAACGUAUACUUACCGAAUUCAUGGAAAAUAAAAGUCAUAGGAAGGACAAUAACAACAACAACAACCACACCAAGAACUAGAACAACAACAACAACUCGUUUGCUGAUUGGUCAAUUUGAGAGUAAGAAAAAAAAGAAGAAGAAAUUACGAAGAAGAAUAAGAAUAAGAAUUGAUUAUAACCAAUACCAAUUGUGUAUUUAACUCGUCAAUAUUGAAUAUAUCAAAUAAAUAAACAAUUAUUUAUUCAUUUGACAAAAUAAACCUACAUAUAGUAACAAUCAAAUCAAAGUAAACAUUGUAUACUAUUGAACAUUAAGAACAUUGGGUUAUAAGUUUUAUAUCGUUUCUAUAAAUAUACACUUUGAAGCAAUUCAUUUGUAAAUUGGAUGAUAAAAUAUGCCUUCACCUACAACACAAUCAGUCAAUGUCGAUAAUGGUUCGAAAUGUGAUGAUGUCUUGAAUAAUGGCAAUGAUAUUGAAUUCUUGAAAAAACAUUUACCACAUGUGGAUAUCGAAACUGGUUUAAAACAUCGCACAGUUCAAAGAGAUCCAAUUACCGGUCUUGGAGCAUUACCAAAAGAACAUGUUGAACUUGGACGUACAAGAAAUGCUUCAACUGGUAGACCGGCUUUCAACACAACAUUAAUUGCAUGGGAUGUAGAUAAUGCAACAGUAUGUAAGAAUAAUGGACAUACAGCUAAGAAGAGUAAACAACCAACACGUAAUCCAAUCGCUAUAACUGGUGAUCUUGGUGAUGAAGUUGAUAGAUUGCGUACAACUAAUGGUUCACGUAGUGGAACUCCUCGAGAACCACAACGUGAUCCCAUUUCUGGGAGAGGAAAUUUUGGUGAUCGUGAAUGGGAUCCAAUUGGUAGAUAUAAUGGAAAAACUAGACGAGCCAAAAGUUCUACUGGUAUUAGAACUAAUCCAUUAACUGGUGAAAAUGUGAAAACUUUCACUGUCAUGGCUGAGGAAAGAUGUACAAAUAAAGAAAAUGGUGUAUGCAAACGAAAUGUUUCUACGAAGAAUAUUUUCACUGGGGAAAAUUGUGAGAAUUACACAGUUUCACCUGAAUUGAAAUCUCCUAUUAAACGUGUACAACGAGAACCUUCACGUAACGCUAUAACUGGUGAGAAUUGUGCAACAUAUGAUUAUAAUUCUGAAGUUAAAAUAUCAAAAAAGCGAACACCAGUCAAAAUUUCAAAUCCAUUGAAUGGUGAGAAUGUUAGCGCUUUUAUGGUAUCGCAAGAAGAAAGACCACGUACAGCUAAACCUUAUGUAUACAGGAAUACAGUGACUGGUGAAAAUCUUCAAAGUUACAAAAUAACACCAAUUGAAAGAAAUGUUACACCUAGAGUGGUUAAAGACCGACAAAAUCCAUUAAGUGGAGAGAAUGUUGAAAGUUACACUUAUCGUUUAGGGGAAUCUAAAAGGACUGUCAAAAAAAGAGAUCUUAGUUCACCAUUAACUGGAGAUGGUUCACGUGGUCGUUCAUAUACUAUAUCUAUUGAAGAAAAACAUUUAUCUCAACCAAAUUUAAAUAUAAAUGAACAUGAUUCAACACAUCAUACAUUAUCAUCAAAAUCUCUUCGAAAUAUAUUAACAGGUGAAAAUUGUAUUACAUAUAAUGUAUGUCAAGAAAUGAGAAGUGAAAAAGUUGACAGUACGACAAUGAUGAUGAAUGGGAAUACACAUAAAAAGUCUUCCUACAAUAUUAUAACUGGUAGUGAAAAUGAAUAAAGAACCCAUCCCACCCCAUCCUACCCCCCUGCCAAAAAAGAAACGGAAUAGAAUAGCAAAUAAUAGAAACUGCAACAACAGCAUGGAAUAUUCUAUGAAUGUCAAUAAAAUGUCUGAUCAGCUGAUUAUAAGACAACUAUACAAUAGAAAGUAUUCAACACAAUCAAGUUUGCUUGUUUAUCUCUUAUAUAAUAAACUAAGCAAUGUAUGCUAAUGCAUUUUAUGACUAAAUCUAUACUUUAAUGCUUAGUUAGCUAAUACAGUUUUUGUGCUUAUCAAAUUAUAGACAUUUAAUCAGUUGAUUAUAUUUCUUUUAAGUAAUAUAUUCAUCAAUUGUAUGACGUCAUCACUAUUGCCUUCCGCUUCAUCCUCAUCCUCAUCCUCAUCAUCCUCAUUAACAACAUCAUCAUCAUCAUCACCAUGGUUAUCAUUCUCAUCAGUCACUCAUAUGGUCACUGAUCAUAUCUUCUAAUAAAAAAAAAUAACAUAACCCCCCUUCAUUCAAUAGUGCACCAUGUGCUUUUCUUUUCUUUUUUUUCUUCUUGUUGUUUUUUUUUACUAUUUCAUAAUGUUUCUAUCUUGAAUUUGAUAAUAAUAACAAAUGUAAUUAUCAGCAUUUUGUAUUUCUACCAUCCCACCCCUACCCCCCACCCCCACCUCCUCACACAUUCACAUAUACACACACACACACUUUAUGUGUCUUAUUUGCUUUCAUUUCAUUAAACCUAUUUGAUUAUAUAAUUUUUCGUAUUCAAGUUGAUUUAUAGUUUGCUUUCAAUGCUAUGAACUGUCUAUUUGUUUGAUUAAAUCAUCACAUGUGCUUCAAUGAACAAGAAGAAGGAGAAGAAGUAAUAACGUUGAAGAUGAUGUAAUAUGACAUUUCAUGACAAUAAUAUAGUGAAUGUUAUGUAAUGUAUUUCUAUUUCUUCCAUUCAAUGUCGACUACUUAUGGUUUAUGGAGGUGCCUGAAAAGGAAAUUGGAUUAGAGGUGGUCUUAGUGACCUGGGAGCGUGACCACAGUGCCCAAGAGACAACUGCUUGAGGUCGGUCACACACGACCUUUUUAUGGGCAAUUUUCGUGUUAACUCCGUGCUUGUUGAGACCUUAACGCCGGAGACGGAUAUCCAUGGGAUAAGGCGAGGUGUGCAUUUUAGGGUCGACUUUUUCUAACCCCACCCCUCCUUGUGGGAAGGCAGCAUCUCUGUCAUGCUGGUUUUCUGAAGGAAACACCUUACUGCUGUCCCACCUCUGUACAGUCAACAGUACGACUUCGCCUUCGGACCUUAAGUUUGUUGUUUUUAGUCUUACCGCUCUUCAACCGACCUGUCUGACAUGGUAGGACCUUGAGGAACGGUUGUUCCAGCUAGUAUAGCUCGGUUGCUUCUUUCUUCCCGCACUAUAUUCUUAUUGAAAUCUUUCUUUUAUAUAUUACCACCUCUGCAUUAGCUACUUGUAUGAAUCCGGUAUCCAUCUUGUCGUGCUAAUGAGGUAUGGCAACUUGGACCGAUGCAUAUAUGUGCCUGGACCUACGUUGUAGCUGACUGACUGACUUAUGGUUUAUAUGAAGUUCAUAUUUGUUCAUCAUAUGAAUGAUGACAACAAAUGAAUGAAGAAUAAACCAAAUUAAAACAAGAUAGACACUGACAUAUCUUGGUUUCGUAGUUCAGAUUUAUACCAUAUGCUUACUAGUGAUUAGUUAUGAAAGGGAAUUCUUAGAAUUCUAGUGAGAAACUGUGACUAGUGGAGUUAAUCUAUGUCGGAUAGAGACAAAUAUCUACCUUAGUAGAUGGUCACACAAUUUCAUGGAUUGGUUGAAGUUAGACAUUAACACUAUUGGAUACUGGUUUAUUGGUAUAGAGCUUAAGUGUUCGUGUGUCAGAACGUUCUUGGGAUCGACAAAUCUCAAAUAAGGAAUCGUGGAUGGGCACUACUAAGGUGUUCCAUACUAGAACGAAACGGCCGUUCAGUGAUUCCAGGUUUUCAAUGGUGUUCUAACAUCGACCGAUUCACGAUAUCAAUCAAAAACUCAACAAUUUUCAUAACAGCAUACUGGAAAUUUGUAAUGGCUGUCGUUCAUUGUUUUGAACGAAGCAUAAUUUUAGUGUAUAAUAUUUCCACGUUAAAUGUUAGAAGGUAAUCAAUAAGAAACCAUGAAAUGCAGAAUUGGUACGAGUUGAUUUUUUUCAGUAAAAAAUAUUUGCACCCAGUAGUUCAUUGACACUUGUUUAAUCUGUGAACAGUCUUGUGAAGGGCAUAGAGAUUUGUACUAUUCAAUCACUAACUAGUAGGCAUUAUCGUAUCAUCCUAACAGACUUAGACUAAAUAUCAAAUGUGUAAUUGAAUCAUUAUAUAUACAUCUAUCACUUAAGGCUUUUUUCAGAGUAGUUGACAGAUUUACUGGUUUAACUUGAUUAUUUCAUAAACCUCUUAAUCAAAUAAACCACAAUACGAAACUCUUUAUUUUAACCGAAUGCAAGUUUCGAUGUCCUCAAUGAGAUCUACUACGUUGGUUAGGCGACCACGUGCGAGACCGAAGGUCCUGGGCUCGAAACACGCGGGCUGAAUCGUGGGUGCGCACUUCUGGUGAGUCGCGCAAUAGGUCGAAACGGACACCCAGUACUUCCAGGUUUUCAGUGGUGGUCUAACAUCACUCGGUUCAUGAUCGUGAUCUGUCGUGAAAAAAACCUAAUUAGUUUAACACCGGCUAAGAAGACUGUAUUGUUACCAAAAUUAAACUGAACUUCUGUUAUGUCUAGGAAGAAUCCGCAAAGUAAUAUAGCUUUUCAUUGAUGAUACAUUACCAGGUGAUUACCAUUUGGAAGUAGUAUCCAAGUUACAUUAUUAAAAUAUCACUAUUUUAACGUCUAAUACACAGAAAUUAAAUAAAAUGGUUUGAUCAUCAUAUUUACUUUCGCCUGUUGCCACUGAUGGAUUAACAUAGGCUACCUACCAGUAUUCUUCCUGAAACACUGUCCUCGACACUACUUUCCACUUGUUUCCAGUUGCUGAUCAUUAUUUUGACGUGUUUUUAAAUCAAGAUCCUGUAUGUCCUUUAAUCUUUCUAUUUUUCAUUUCCCUUCAAGAUUCCAAGAUAGCGCUUUGCUUCGUGAUGCAGUAUCAUGAUUUCCUCAGUAUAUAUCUUACCCAACUCUAUCAUCUUUUCCGAAUUUCUUCUUCGUUUGAAAUGUGGUUUCUUCUCUCCCAUUAAUUUGUUUAAUCUGGUUGGCGUCUUUUAGCAAGAUUUUUUUUCUACGGGAUAGGGUUGCCGACCCCACGCCAAACCCUCCUCCUUUACCUGGGCCUGGGACCGGCAGUAACUCUAGAAGAGCUACAGAUGAAGGUUAAAGUAUUUAUAAAUAGUUGUCUACGCAAGACACUCAUCAUCAAAUGGCCGGAUACCAUCAGCAACAGACCACUGUGGGAGAGAACAAAGCAACUUUCAGCUGAAGAGGGAAUUAGAAAAAAAUUAUGGAAAUGGAUAGGACAUUACGGAAAUCACCAAACUGCAUCACGAGACAAGUGCUAACUUGAAAUCUUGAGGGGAAACGGGAGAGAAGAAGACCAAAGAACACAUUACGUUGAGAAAUAGAAGCAUGUAUGAAAAGGAUGAAUAACAACUGGAAAGAGCUGGAAAGGAUUGCCCAGGACAGGAUGUCUAACCUCAGUCAAACCACGAAAUUGCGUGACUAUUUUCCAUUGUACCGAGGUAGAUAGCUGUCUCUACCCGACACGGAUUAACUCCACUGGUCACGGCUUCUCAUUAGACCUCCGAGAAUUACCUAACGAAACUAGUCGCUAGUGAGCACAUGAUCAGACGAUAAGAAGGAAUUCAUUGAAACAAGCCGUCCCUCUCCGUCCAAAGCCUUUUUUCUCAAGUUUCAUAAUAAUGGAAUGGAGGUAGAUUUCAAUUACUAAUAACUAAAAAAGAACAUAAUCCCUAUAAUGUUUUACUACUCAUUAAAUUUAUUAUAUUAUUUAUAAGUUACUUACUUACUUACGCUUGUUGCCCAUCAGCAUUCUGCAGUCUAUUCUGUCCUGGGCCUCCCUUUCCAGUUCUAUCUAAUUCUUGUUCAUUCUUCUUAUGUCUAUCUCUAUUUCUCAGCGUAAUGUAUUCUUUGAUCUCCCACUUCACCUUUAUUCAGCUUUGACGAUUCCAAGUGAGGAUUUGCCUUGUGACCCAGUUGGGUGCUCUCCUCAAUGUGUAUCCUAUCCACUGAUAACUCUUCUUCCCGAUUUCUUCCUUCGCUGCAAUCUGGCUAGUUCUCUCCCACAUUCAGUUGUUGCUGAUAGUGUCUGACCAACGGAUCCGAAGUAUUUUGCGUAGACAACUGUUAAUAAACACUUGUAUGUUUUGGAUAAUGACUUUCGUAGUUUUCCAAGUUUCCGCCUAAUACAGUAGAACUGUCUUCACAUUUAUAUUGAAAAUUCUAACUUUAAUGUUAGUUAAAAGACAGAUGUUUUGAGUUCUAGAUGUUAUGCAGUUGUAGAUAUGCUACUUUUGCUUUGCCGAUCCACACCUUCACAUUUGCAUCAAAUCCACCGUAUUCAUCAAUGAUGCAGCCCAGAUAUGUUAUGAUUGUUACAUUUUCCAAAUCUUCGAUUGAUGCUUAUUGUGUUGUAGUGUAGAAUCUUGCUUUUCUUUAUUAUUUAUAAGUAGUUUAUUAAAAAUUUUCAUAAAAAUUUCAUUUAGAAUUAAUUGAAACAUGCUUACCCCACCCCACCCCCCUUCCUCUACCCUCCUCUACUACUGACACUUUAAAUCUUAAAUUUCAUGUUCAUUUUUAUUUACUUUGUUCAUUGACAAUAAUAUUACAUAUGACACAUGUCAAUAGAACAUUGAAAAAUUGAGUUCUAUUUUCGUUUCCUUCUUUCCUUUUUUUCUUUUCUUGAUUUUUUCUUUUUUCUUUUUUCUUUUCUUUAUUUUUAUUUUUUUAAUUAUCCUUUUUUUUAAUUAAAUAAAAUUAUGCUUGAAUGAUUUUAAUAAUAAAUUUUCAAAGCAAAAAAAAGAAGAAAAAGUAAGUAAAUAAAUAAAAAUAAUUCAACACACAUUUUGACGACAACAACAACAACGACAACGACAACAACGACAACGACAACAACGACAACGACAACGACAACAACAAGAAGAAGAAGAUGAUGACUUUUUAGCAGAAUGAUUUUUUUCGUUGUUUUUCUUUCUUGAAAGAAAAAAAACAAAAAAACAUUUUUCCUAAUUCAUCAUUGACAAUAAUUUUUUUGUUGUUUUUUUGUUUUCUUUUUUUCUAAAAAUAAAUAAAUAAAUAAAUAAAUG